AGGAUGCUCUCGAUGGUGCAGCUGUAGUUACCCAGGGUAGGCUGUGCUACCGUUUCUAUGGUGCUACCAUGUUUUUAAUUGUGAAGAUUUUUCAUGUAGCCAAUGUUUUCUGAGAUACAGGUUUUUUUAUAUGUAUGAAUAUGAGUUGUUUGAUGAAAAGAUAUUCGAACAGUUAAUUUUUUCAUUGACCACCGAACUUCGACUUCUAGUAUUUAUGGUUUCGCGCGUCCUUUCUGGCUCUCAUGCGCCUCCGUAGUUACGGUUCGUUCAUUUUAACGGACCGUGUGUUGUUUAGUAAACGUUUGCUAGCCUACCUCAAAUAACGCCGAACAAAUUGUAAUGGUAACGUGUAAGAGGUGAUUUCAACGUUUUAAACAUGUCAGAGAAAGGCGAAGUGGAUUUGACUGGUGCUAAACAGAACACGGGCGUGUGGCUGGUAAAGGUACGUUGGAAAUGCAGGGUAUAAACUGUAGCUAGCUAGCGGCUAACGUUAGCCAGCUAGCGGCAGCGUCAGAUGGAUGGGACGAGACUAGCUAGCGGCAGGCUAGCGAUCUAUUCAAGUAGACUACAGUAACUGUCACUAUCAUCACACUGCAUAAGGUAGCUAGCUAGCUAACUAACAACCAGUCUCUGUGCCCACAGGUGCCCAAAUACCUGUCCCAGCAAUGGGCCAAAGCAUCAGGCAGGGGAGAGGUCGGGAAACUCCGGAUCGGCAAGUAUGUAGAAAUGGCUCGUUCAUAUGUUAUUGUUUGUUGGUCAUCACCAUCAUCAUCGCUGUUUACUUUCUCUGCUGGCUAAAGAGAAGUUUCUAUCUUAGGUGAUCAGCUGAUCAAUUGUUUUCUUCUUCUCUUGCCUUAGGAACCAAGGGAAAGCAGAGGUAAUAAUACUGACUAUGGUGGCUGACGAGUCAAUACACAGACAGAGGAAUUGCAUUCCUACGGAUAAUUGACCCCAACCCAGCCAACAAUGUCCUGGUCCUAAACUGAUAUCACUUAAACUUGUUGUGCACCAGGUGGCAUUCACUCUGAAUGAAGACCUGACGAUGAUUGACAGCCUGGGGGACAAGCCAUCAGGGGUGCAGGCCCCCAGGGACCACCCGUUCACCAUGCAGACUGUAGGAGGACAGACUCUGGCCGUGUUCACUGAGACCCAAUCAGGUAAGGAACCGCAGUUACCUGGCCUCCAGCUGAUUUGAUAUAGAAAGCUGUCUAUUUUGGUGCAAAAUGGCACCUGUAUGGGAGUAGGGUGUCAUUUGAGACGCCAUGACACCUGACUGCCAUGUUGUUUGAGUCAUAACCUCUAUUUGAAUGUGUAGUCAGAUAAUAUUCACUGUCAAAAUGCCUUGUGUUGUCCUGACUGCAAAUAAGCAUGGUUUGUGAUUUAUAACUGAUCUUUCACCCAUUAGAGUCAUCUAAGGGUAAGUAGCACUGUGUGUCUGUGAGUCCCUCCGCCUCAGGGUAAGUAGUUCUGUGUGUCCCUCCGCCUCAGGGUAAGUAGUAUUGUGUGUCCCUCCGCCUCUCUCUCCUUCUCCAUCUGUCUCUCUCCCCUUCCUCUCUCACUCCCUCUCCCCCCUCUCUCAUUUCCCCUCUCUCUCUCUGCCCCCUCUCUCAUCUCUCUCUAUGCCCAUCUCUCCCUCUCAUCUCUCUCUCUAUGGCCCUCUCUCUAUGCCCCUCCCUCUAUGCCCCUCCCUCUCAUCUAUCUCUGCCCCUCCCUCUCUCUCAUCUCUCUCUCUAUGCCCCUCUCUAUCUCUCUCUCUAUGCCUCUCUCUUUCCCUUUCUCUCUCUAUGCCCCUCUCUCUCUGCCCCUCUCUCUCAUCUCUCUCUAUGCCCCUCUCUCCCUCUCAUCUCUCUCUCUCUAUGCCCCUCCCUCUCAUCUCUCUCUCUAUGCCUCUCUCUCUCUUUCCCUUUCUCCCUCUCCAUCUCUCUCUGUCCCCCCCUUCCCCUUUCUAUCUCUCAUUGUUUUGGGCUGGUUUUGAUCAGAUUCGUUGCAUUUUUAAUUUCCGUUGCCACAGCAGAACAGAUGAACGUCCUCUGCUUGUCUCAGUGGCUCCGCUGGCUGGCUCUCUGCUCAGAUCAGAUCAGAACCACUGCGAAUGAAUCAGCUCAGUAGUUUGGACAUGAUCUGCUGCUGAAUGGGAUUUGGAGCUUGUUAACAACAUAAACAAAUCAAUCAAUAUUAUGAUGGUAUCGAUCUGGUGUGGAGUGGAGUGCUUGGUUUGACGUCAUGAUUUGUGCAUGGUCUUGAUGCCACUUCUAAUGUGCACCUCCUCCUCGUCUCCCUCCCCCUCGUCUCCCUCCCCCUCGUCUCCCUCCCUCCUCCUGAUCCCCAGCCAGGCCUGUUGCUUGAGGGUGUGUCAGUGUGGAGCGUGAGCUUGUGGUGUGUCCUUUGUAUGUGUUUUGGAGACAGUAUAUAGAGUUCUGUUUUUUUGAGGCACUUGCUGGCUUGAGUGUGAAGUGUGGCCACCGUCAAGAUGUGUUGUUUUGCAACAUGUUGCCGAGCAGAGUUCUGUGUGCAUCUCCGUUGCUACUGCCUCUACGCCACAAACCCGGUAGUCUAAACCUUACUGUCCAAUCCACUCCUCCCUCCCUGUAGGCCAGUCAGAAGAGAGAUCUGAUGGCAGCACCUCAGUUUCGGGGGCGGGGACAGGACCAGGUGAGUCCCCCCAGUCUCUUCCCCACUGAGAGGUGUGACCUGGGGCAGGAGGGGUGGAGGUUAGGGUCCCCUGGGGAGGUUGUUGAGAGGUGUAAAAUUGGGGGUGGGUGGAGGGGAGGUUCCCGUCUGGGGAGGUUUUUGAAGGGUGGGGCCUGGGAGGGGGGUGGAGGUUAUUUUUGUUGGUGGAGGUUGUUGGAGGUGUGGAGCCCGGGCAGGAGGCGGGGGUUUGGUCCUUUUCUGGGGGAGGUUGUUGAGAGGUGGGAGCCUGGGGGGGCUGGGGUUUGGUCUUUGUUUGGAGGUUGUUGAGGGUGUGGAGCCCGGGCAGGGGGGGCGGAGGGUUUGGUCCGUCUGGGGGAGGUUGUGAAGGGUGGGAGCCUGGGAGGAGGCUGGGGGUUGGUUUUGUUGGUGGAGGUUGUUGAGAGGUGUGGAGCCUGGGCAGGAGGCUGGAGGUUGGGUCUCUGUCUGGUGGAGGUUGUUGAGAGGUGUGGAGCCUGGGCAGGAGGCUGGAGGUUAGGUCUCUUGUCUGGUGGAGGUUGUUGAGAGGUGUGGAGCCUGGGCAGGAGCUGGAGGUUGGUCUCUGUCUGUGGAGUUUUGAGAGGUGUGGAGCCUGGGCAGGAGGCUGGGGUUAGGUCUCUGUCUGGUGGAGGUGUUGAGAGGUGUGGAGCCUGGGCAGGAGGCUGGAGGUUAGGUCUCUGUCUGGUGGAGGUUGUUGAGAGGUGUGGAGCCUGGGCAGGAGGCUGGAGGUUAGGUCUCUGUCUGGUGGAGGUUGUUGAGAGGUGUGGAGCCUGGGCAGGAGGCUGGAGGUUAGGUCUCUUGUCUGGUGGAGGUUGUUGAGAGGUGCGGAGCCUGGGCAGGAGGCUGGAGGUUAGGUCUCUGUCUGGUGGAGGUUGUUGAGAGGUGUGGAGCCUGGGCAGGAGGCUGGAGGUUAGGUCUCUUGUCUGGUGGAGGUUGUUGAGAGGUGUGGAGCCUGGGCAGGAGGCUGGAGGUUAGGUCUCUGUCUGGUGGAGGUUGUUGAGAGGUGUGGAGCCUGGGCAGGAGGCUGGAGGUUAGGUCUCUGUCUGGUGGAGGUUGUUGAGAGGUGUGGAGCCUGGGCAGGAGGCUGGAGGUUAGGCCUCUGUCUGGUGGAGGUUGUUGAGAGGUGUGGAGUCUGGGCUGGAGGUUAGGCCUCUGUCUGGUGGAGGUUGUUGAUCAGUUAGUCUCUAGUCUCCUGUUAGACAACCCUAGUGAUCAGUUAGUCUCUAGUCUCCUGUUAGACAACCCUAGUGAUCAGUUAGUCUCUAGUCUCCUGUUAGACAACCCUAGUGAUCAGUUAGUCUCUAGUCUCCUGUUAGACAACCUAGUGAUCAGUUAGUCUCUAGUCUCCUGUUGGACAACCCUAGUGAUCAUUAGUCUCUAGUCUCCUGUUGACAACCCUAGUGAGCAGUUUAGUCUCUAGCCUCCUGUUAGACAACCCUAGUGAUCAGUUAGUCUCUAGUCUCCUGUUAGACAACCCUAGUGAUCAGUUAGUCUCUAGUCUCCUGUUAGACAACCCUAGUGAUCAGUUAGUCUCUAGCCUCCUGUUGGACAACCCUAGUGAUCAGUUAGUCUCUAGUCUCCUGUUGGACAACCCUAGUGAUCAGUUAGUCUCUAGUCUCCUGUUGGACAACCCUAGUGAUCAGUUAGUCUCUAGUCUCCUGUUGGACAACCCUAGUGAUCAGUUAGUCUCUAGUCUCCUGUUGGACAACCCUAGUGAUCAGUUAGUCUUAGUCUCCUGUUGGACAACACCUAGUGAUCAGUUAGUCCUCUAGUCUCCUGUUGGACAACCCUAGUGAUAAUUAGUCUCUGUCUCCAUGUUAGACAACCCUAGUGAUCAGUUAGUUCUCUAGUCUCCUGUUAGACAACCCUAGUGAUCAGUUAGUCUCUAAGUCUCCUGUUAGACAACCCUAGUGAUCAGUUAGUCUCUAGUCUCCUGUUAGACAACCCUAGUGAUCAGUUAGUCUCUAGUCUCCUGUUAGACAACCCUAGUGAUCAGUUAGUCUCUAGUCUCCUGUUAGACAACCCUAGUGAUCAGUUAGUCUCUAGUCUCCUGUUAGACAACCCUAGUCAGUAGUCUCUCUCCUGUUAGACAACCCUAGUGAUCAGUUAGUCUCCUAGCCUCCUGUUGGACAACCCUAGUGAUCAGUUAGUCUCUAGUCUCCUGUUGGACAACCCUAGUGAUCAGUUAGUCUCUAGUCUCCUGUUAGACAACCCUAGUGAUCAGUUAGUCUCCUAGCCUCCUGUUGGACAACCCUAGUGAUCAGUUAGUCUAUAGUCUCCUGUUAGACAACCCUAGUGAUCAGUUAGUCUCUAGUCUCCUGUUAGACAACCCUAGUGAUCAGUUAGUCUCUAGUCUCCUGUUAGACAACCCUAGUGAUCAGUUAGUCUCUAGUCUCCUGUUAGACAACCCUAGUGAUCAGUUAGUCUCUAGUCUCCUGUUAGACAACCCUAGUGAUCAGUUAGUCUCUAGUCUCCUGUUAGACAACCCAUAGUGAUCAGUUAGUCUCUAGUCUCCUGUUAGACAACCCUAGUGAUCAGUUAGUCUCCUAGUCUCCUGUUAGACAACCCUAGUGAUCAGUUAGUCUCUAGUCUCCUGUUAGACAACCCUAGUGAUCAGUUAGUCUCUAGUCUCCUGUUAGACAACCCUAGUGAUCAGUUAGUCUCUAGUCUCCUGUUAGACAACCCUAGUGAUCAGUUAGUCUCUAGUCUCCUGUUAGACAACCCUAGUGAUCAGUUAGUCUCUAGUCUCCUGUUAGACAACCCUAGUGAUCAGUUAGUCUCUAGCCUCCUGUUGGACAACCCUAGUGAUCAGUUAGUCUCCUGUUAGACAACCCUAGUGAUCAGUUAGUCUCUAGUCUCCUGUUGGACAACCCUAGUGAUCAGUUAGUCUCUAGCCUCCUGUUGGACAACCCUAGUGAUCAGUUAGUCUCUAGUCUCCUGUUAGACAACCCUAGUGAUCAGUUAGUCUCUAGCCUCCUGUUGGACAACCCCAGUGAUCAGUUAGUCUCUAGUCUCCUGUUAGACAACCCUAGUGAUCAGUUAGUCUCUAGCCUCCUGUUGGACAACCCUAGUGAUCAGUUAGUCUCUAGCCUCCUGUUGGACAACCCUAGUGAUCAGUUAGUCUCUAGUCUCCUGUUAGACAACCCUAGUGAUCAGUUAGUCUCUAGCCUCCUGUUGGACAACCCUAGUGAUCAGUUAGUCUCUAGUCUCCUGUUGGACAACCCUAGUGAUCAGUUAGUCUCUAGUCUCCUGUUAGACAACCCUAGUGAUCAGUUAGUCUCUAGUCUCCUGUUAGACAACCCUAGUGAUCAGUUAGUCUCUAGUCUCCUGUUAGACAACCCUAGUGAUCAGUUAGUCUCUAGUCUCCUGUUAGACAACCCUAGUGAUCAGUUAGUCUCUAGUCUCCUGUUAGACAACCCUAGUGAUCAGUUAGUCUCUAGUCUCCUGUUAGACAACCCUAGUGAUCAGUUAGUCUCUAGUCUCCUGUUAGACAACCCUAGUGAUCAGUUAGUCUCUAGCCUCCUGUUGGACAACCCUAGUGAUCAGUUAGUCUCUAGUCUCCUGUUAGACAACCCUAGUGAUCAGUUAGUCUCUAGUCUCCUGUUAGACAACCCUAGUGAUCAGUUAGUCUCUAGUCUCCUGUUAGACAACCCUAGUGAUCAGUUAGUCUCUAGUCUCCUGUUAGACAACCCUAGUGAUCAGUUAGUCUCUAGUCUCCUGUUAGACAACCCUAGUGAUCAGUUAGUCUCUAGUCUCCUGUUAGACAACCCUAGUGAUCAGUUAGUCUCUAGUCUCCUGUUAGACAACCCUAGUGAUCAGUUAGUCUCUAGUCUCCUGUUAGACAACCCUAGUGAUCAGUUAGUCUCUAGUCUCCUGUUGGACAACCCUAGUGAUCAGUUAGUCUCUAGUCUCCUGUUAGACAACCCUAGUGAUCAGUUAGUCUCUAGUCUCCUGUUAGACAACCCUAGUGAUCAGUUAGUCUCUAGUCUCCUGUUAGACAACCCUAGUGAUCAGUUAGUCUCUAGUCUCCUGUUAGACAACCCUAGUGAUCAGUUAGUCUCUAGUCUCCUGUUAGACAACCCUAGUGAUCAGUUAGUCUCUAGUCUCCUGUUGGACAACCCUAGUGAUCAGUUAGUCUCUAGUCUCCUGUUGGACAACCCUAGUGAUCAGUUAGUCUCUAGUCUCCUGUUAGACAACCCUAGUGAUCAGUUAGUCUCUAGUCUCCUGUUAGACAACCCUAGUGAUCAGUUAGUCUCUAGCCUCCUGUUAGACAACCCUAGUGGUCAGUUAGUCUCUAGCCUCCUGUUAGACAACCCUAGUGAUCAGUUAGUCUCUAGCCUCCUGUUAGACAACCCUAGAUCCCUGGGAGCGAGGCUACUGAUUAGUAAACAGUGUGUGUUGGCUGUGUUGCAGGCAGAGUGGGUGUGUUUUAGGUUGGCAGGGCAGAGUGGGUGUGUUUUAGGUUGCAGGGCAGAGUGGGUGUGUUGCUCCACACCAACCGCAGGGUUGGCAGGCAGAGUGGGUGUGUUUGCUCCACACCGAACCGCAGGGUUGGCAGGCAGAGUGGGUGUGUUGCUCCACACCCAACCGCAGGUGUGGAAGGCAGAGUGGGUGUGUUGCUCCACACCAACCGCAGGGUUGGCAGGCAGAGUGGGUGUGUUGCUCCACACCAACCGCAGGGUUGGCAGGCAGAGUGGGUGUGUUGCUCCACACCAACCGCAGGGUUGGCAGGCAGAGUGGGUGUGUUGCUCCACACCAACCGCAGGGUUGGCAGGCAGAGUGGGUGUGUUUUAUGACCCUUCAGUUGUGGGGAUGACUGUGUGGCAGAGGACUGGCACUGUGAUGUCACACACUGAGGAAUACCACACUGAAACAGAUGAAAUGACGUAGAGAGAGAGAGAGAGUGUCAACACACACAGUGACGUCUACUCAUGUCUUUUAACCGUGUCUCCUUUCUUCUGAAGACAAAAUCUCCCUGGAGGGAGUGGUGGUGCAGAGAGCGGAGUGUAGACCUGCUGUCAGUGAGAGCUACAUGAAACUCAAGAGGUACCACACACACACACACACCACACACACACACACACACACAACUCUCACGCUGACACUCAUUGCUCUCUCGUGUCCCCUCUCCUGCUCUGUCCCCAGACUGCAGAUGGAAGAAUUGUCCAAGCCAGUGAGAUUGUCUCAGCAACUAGACAAGGCUGUUACCACCAACUACAAACCAGUGGCCAACCAUUCCUACAACGUAAGGAGACCAUGUGGCCUGGCUGGCUGGCUGGCUGGCUGGCUGGCUGGCUGGCUGGCUGGCUGGCUGAGUGGUAGUUUCUCUGUUACACCGUGUGACCUUGGGAAGACACCAUCAGUGUGUGCACAUUUUGUCCCAAACUCACCUGAACUAGACUAAUACGGGGUGUGUGUGUGUGUGUGUCCCCGUGUGUGUGUAUGUCGGUGUGUGGUGUGUGUGUGUGUGGUGUGUUGUGUGUGGUGUGUGUGGUGUGUGUGUGUGCGUGCCCCCCCAGUGGAAUAGACAGGAGAAAAAGGAGGAUGGUAAAAGAGCGCGGGCGGACAAGCAGCAGGUGUUGGACAUGUUGUUCUCAGCCUUUGAGAAACACCAGUAUUACAACAUCAAGGAUCUGGUGGACAUCACCAAACAACCUGUGGUAAGGAAGGAUACUUCCUGUGGGAUACAUUUACAUCACCAAAACAACCUGUGGUAAGGAAGGAUACUUCCUGUGGGAUACAUUUACAUUUUAAACAACCUGUGGUAAGGAAGGAUACUUCCUGUGGGAUACAUUUACAUUUUACAUGUUUAGUUAUUUAGCAGACGCUCUUAUCCAGAGCCACUUGCAGUUAGCGAGCGCAUACAUUUUUCAUACUGGCCCCCCCCGUGGGAAACGAACCCACAACCCUGGCGUUGCAAGCGCCAUGCUCUAACCAACUGAGCUACAGUGUGGGAUAUAUGGUGUGGGGAGAGAUGCUGUGGGGAGGGAGAGAUGCUGUGGGGAGGGAGAGAUGCUGUGGGGAGGGAGAGAUGCUGUGGGGAGAGAUGCUUUGAGGAGAGAUGCUGUGGGAAGAGAUGCUGUAACAGUGUAGUAGAAAACGGGCCGAUCCUUGCCUUUCUACUGCCAUAGGCGAGACCAGACGUUGAAGUUGGGUUCAAUUUAGGUUCUGAAUGAAAGGUGAAAAGGUAUUUUCCGUAUGUUUAAAAUACAUAUUUUCCAGGACGUUGAAAUCAGGUUCAUUUUCGGUUCUGACUGAAAGUUGAAAAUGCGUAUUUUAUAGACGUUGAAAAUAUGUAUUUUCAGGAUGUUGAAAUCGGGCGUAUUUGGUUCUGAAUGAAAGUAGAAAAAAAAACAAUGUCUGUGGAUGUGGAAAUCAAGGCCGGUCCGGAACUGCACCCAAAAAAUAUGUCCAAAAGGCGUCAUCAUCGGUCCGUGCCUACUGAGGUGUAGCCUACAGUGUUGCCUGAAAUAAAAUGUUAUGAAUGCCAAUCUGUGGUAAGCCUACCGUUUGUAAAACACCCAAAAAAAUGACGUCUGGACAGGACCAAAAAAAAGACGUGGUCCUCGUGAGUACUGGGGUGCAGCUACCAUGUCAAGGCGCAAUGGAAUUCAAAGGCCACAUACUCUUCCUACCAUAUCCUGGAUCUCUUCCUACCAUAUCCUGGAUCUCAUCCUACCAUAUCCUGGAUCUCUUCCUACCAUAUCCUGGAUCUCUUCCUACCAUAUCCUGGAUCUCUUCCUACCAUAUCCUGGAUCUCUUCCUACCAUAUCCUGGAUCUCAUCCUACCAUAUCCUGGAUCUCUUCCUACCAUAUCCUGGAUCUCUUCCUACCAUAUCCUGGAUCUCUUCCUACCAUAUCCUGGAUCUCUUCCUACCAUAUCCUGGAUCUGCUACGUGAUGUAUGUUACGAUCAUUUUGUUUGACUGAACGUUGGUGUAGCGCUGCAGGGAUGCGUCUCUCCAACAGCACCCUGGAGAGGCGCCCCUGGGGAAUGGACGGGCGAAGAUAUUUAGCGCCUUUGACAAAGCGGGCGCUGCUUAUCACAGGGCGGCAUCAGCGCUCACCUGAAAAGCCCGCAUGCCCACUGGUCGAGCCAGACUUGUCAUUGUUUUGGGGCAGAAUUAUGUGGAGGUUUUUAUGUGUUGAUUGAUGUUGGAGGUGCGUCGUGGUCAGUUUAGCUCAGAAAAUGCCGCCCCUCGUCAAUCUGCCGCUAGAGGUGGCCCGCGUAAUGAGCGGGCCGGCCGUGGUAAUUGGUGUUUCAGUCUUGAGGUGGAUUGUUGUCUGGUUGGUGAUGUAAUACCUUCUACACAAUACUCCCUUUUAUAUAAAGAUGCAAGAGGGAACUACAUUUACAUUUUAGUCAUUUAGCAGACACUCUUAUCCAGAGCGCUUACAGAGCAAUUUAGGGUUUAAGUGCCUUCCCUCGGCACAUCGACAGAUUUUACAAUGGAAGCUAAACCCAAUCUCUCCCUAUCUGUCUAUAUAAUACAACAUCUCUCCCUAUCUGUCUAUAUAAUACAACAUCUCUCCCUAUCUGUCUAUAUAAACACAUCUCUCCCUAUCUGUCUAUAUAAUAUAACAUCUCUCCCUAUCUGUCUAUAUAAUACAGCUCUCCCUAUCUGUCUAUAUAAAAACAUCCUCCCAAAUCUGUUUAUAUAAUACAUCCCCUCCCUACUGUCUAUAUAAUACAACAUCUCUCCCAUGGGUCUAUAUAAUACAACAUCUCUCCCUAUCGGUCUAUAUAAUACACAUCUCCCCUAUCGGUCUAUAUAUACAACAUCUCUCCCUAUCUGUCAUAUAAUACAACAUACUCCCCAUCGGUCUAUAUAAUAACACUCUCUCCCUAUCGGUCUAUAUAAUACAACUCUCUCCCUAUCUGUUCUAUAUAAUCAACAUCUCCUCCCUACCCGGGUCUAUAUAAUACAACAUCUCUCCCAAAUCUGUCUAUAUAAUACAACAUCUCCCCAUCGGUCUAUAUAAUACAACAUCUCUCCCUAUCUGUCUAUAUAAUACAACAUCUCUCCCUAUCUGUCUAUAUAAUACAACAUCUCUCCCUAUCGGUCUAUAUAAUACAACAUCUCUCCCUAUCGGUCUAUAUAAUACAACAUCUCUCCCUAUCGGUCUAUAUAAUACAACAUCUCUCCCUAUCGGUCUAUAUAAUACAAAUCCCCCCCUAUCGGUCUAUAUAAUAAAACUCUCCCCCCUAUCUGUCUAUAAAAUAAAAUCAUCUCUCCCUAUCGUCUAUAUAAUACAACAUCUCUCCCCUAUCGGUCUAUAUAUACAACUCUCUCCCUAUUGUCUAUAAAAUACAACAUCUCUCCCAAAUCGGUCUAUAUAAUACAACAUCUCUCCCUUUUCGGUUUUAAUAAUCAACAUCUCUCACUAUCUGUCUAUAUAAUACAACACCCUCUCCCUAUCUGUCUAAUAAUACAACAUCUCUCCCUAUCGGUCAUAUAAUACAACAUCUCUCCCUAUCGUCUAUAUAAUACAACAUCUCUCCUAUCGGCUAUAUAAUAACAACAUCUCUCCCUAUCGGUCUAUAUAAUACAACAUCUCUCCCUAUCGGUCUAUAUAAUACAACAUCUCUCCCUAUCGGUCUAUAUAAUACAACAUCUCCCCCUAUCGGUCUAUAUAAUACAACAUCUCUCCCUAUCGGUCUAUAUAAUACAACAUCUCUCCCUAUCGGUCUAUAUAAUACAACAUCUCUCCCUAUCGGUCUAUAUAAUACAAAAAUCUCCCUACUGUCUAUAAAUACAAACAUCUCCCCCUAUCUGUCUAUAUAAUACAACAUCUCUCCCUAUCGGUAUAUAAUACACAUUUUCUCCCUAUCGGUCUAUUAAUACAACAUCUCCCCCUAUCGGCCCUAUAUAAUACAACAUCUCUCCCUAUCGGUCUUUUAUAAUACAACAUCUCUCCCUAUGGGUCAAAUAAUACAACAUCUCUCCUAUCUGUCUAUUAAUCCCAACAUUCUCCCUAUCGGUCUAUAUAAUACAACAUCUCUCCCUAUCGGUCUAUAUAAUACAACAUCUCUCCCUAUCUGUCUAUAUAAUACAACAUCUCUCCCUAUCGGUCUAUUUUAUACCAACAUCUCUCCUAUCGGUCUAUAUAAAAAAAUCUCUCCUAUCGUCAAAUUAAUAAACUCUCUCCAAAUCGGUCUAUAUAUACAACCCAUCUCUCCCUAUCGUUCUAUUAAAAACAACAUCUCUCCCUAUCGGUCUAAUAAUACACAUCUCUCCCUAUCGGUCAUAUAAUACAACAUCUCUCCCUAUCGUCUAUAUAAUACAACAUCUCUCCCUAUCGGUCUAUAUAAUACAACAUCUCUCCCUAUCGGUCUAUAUAACACAACAUCUCUCCCUAUCGGUCUAUAUAACACAACAUCUCUCCCUAUCGGUCUAUAUAAUACAACAUCUCUCCCUAUCGGUCUAUAUAAUACAACAUCUCUCCCUAUCGGUCUAUAUAAUACAACAUCUCUCCCUAUCGGUCUAUAUAAUACAACACUCUCCCUAUCGGUCUAUAUAAUAAAAAACAUCUCUCCCUAUCGGUCUAUUAAUACAACAUCUCUCCCUAUGGGUCUAUAUAAUAAACAUCUCUCCCUAUCGGUCUAUAUAAUACAACAUCUCCCCCUAUCGGUCUAUAUAAUAACAUCUCCCCCUAUCGGUCUAUAUAAUACAACAUCUCUCCCUAUCGGUCUAUAUAAUACAACAUCUCUCCCUAUCGGUCUAUAUAAUACAACAUCUCUCCCUAUCUGUCUAUAUAAUACAACAUCUCUCCCUAUCUGUCUAUAUAAUAAAAACAUCCUCUCCCUACUGUCUAUAUAAUAAAAUCAUCUCUCCCUAUCGGUCUAUAUAAUACAACAUCUCUCCCUAUCGGUCUAUAUAAUACAACAUCUCUCCCUAUCUGUCUAUAUAAUACAACAUCUCUCCCUAUCGGUCUAUAUAAUACAACAUCUCUCACUAUCUGUCUAUAUAAUACAACAUCUCUCCCUAUCGUCUAUAUAAUACAACAUCUCUCCCUAUCGGUCUAUAUAAUACAACAUCUCUCCCUAUCGGUCUAUAUAAUACAACAUCUCUCCCUAUCGGUCUAUAUAAUACAACAUCUCUCCCUAUCGGUCUAUAUAAUACAACAUCUCUCCCUAUCGGUCUAUAUAAUACAACAUCUCUCACUAUCUGUCUAUAUAAUACAACAUCUCUCCCUAUCGGUCUAUAUAAUACAACAUCUCUCCCUAUCGGUCUAUAUAAUACAACAUCUCUCCCUAUCGGUCUAUAUAAUACAACAUCUCUCCCUAUCGGUCUAUAUAAUACAACAUCUCUCCCUAUCGGUCUAUAUAAUACAUCUCUCCCUUCUCUUUCCCCCUCCUCCAUUCAGAGUUACCUGAAAGAGAUUCUUCGUGACAUCGGCAUCUACAACGUGAAGGGAACCCACAAGAACACGUGGGAGCUGAAGCCAGAGUACAGACACUACCAGGGAGGAGAGGAAGGGAAGGAUGCCGACGACUAGCCAGGGGCUGGGGCUCCGUGGCUGGGUCCGACUAGCCGGGGUCUGGGCCUCCGUGGCUGGGUC